AUGAUGGAUACGUUUGACAACAACGCAGCCAUGACACACUCGAACGCUGCAAUCGCAGCUACUUCAAGCCAGUGGGAUUCCUGUUCAUCACAUAAAGACUGUGACUCGUGUCUAAACGCUAGUCUCACGUGUCAUUUUUGUAAGAAUGACUUUCAAUGUCAUGCUAUUGGAUCUCCCUAUGGUUGUCCCGUAGGUGUCUCUGUCUGUCACCAUCUUGAAGAUUGCAAGCGAACAGAUCCACAGUUUGUAGGCUAUGGACCUCCACCGUCGGUGGUUAUUGCAGUGCUCUGUCUCAUGGUGACGCUGACUUGCUGCUUUUGUGGCGUUUCAGCCAUUUGCUCGAUCUUUUGUCGGACCAAAAAGACAUCGACACGACAAGCUAAGCUCAUGGCUGCGUUGGAUAAAGAAAAGCAGAAGAAGAAAGCAAAAACGACGCUUCGCGAUGUUGAUGAAGAACAAUUACAGGCCCAAAAGCAGCCUCUGCUUGUCGGAGAAAUUCGGGAAGGAGAAGUUUUGCUAUUUGAAAACGAAGUGGAUCAGGAAUCUCUAGAGCGUCUACGUACCCGCUAUGAGGAAGACGAACGGCAGAUUAAUUGGCAAGCAUUUGCUGCACGGUUCACGUGGCUCACCGUGUUGAUUUCGAUCACUGUACUAGCACUCAUGUUCUACCCGCGCAUGCCGGACUACAACGUGUGUAACCGCCAGUUCGAAUGGGAGUCCAUCUUGCACAGUAUCAUGGGUUUAGAGCCGAAGGUGGAGUACCAGGUGCUUGUGAGCGUAAUUAACGAGAAUCGCUUUGGUUUCGUGCUGGAAUCAGGGCGCGCAGAUAUUUACCACAAUACCACACUUGUGGGCAAAUGGGAGCUCGAAAAACCAUUAGAAGCCAAGGCUGGAUCGAUUAGCGAUGUGAUUGCGGCGAUCAAUAUUAAGCCUGGGUUUGCAGAAGGAAUUGCGUUGUGGAAAGAUUUUAGCAAGAACGAGCUUAUCUUCCGGAUCAAUGCUACGAUCGCGGGGUCCAUCACUUGGGGGCGAUACAAGAUUUAUCGCAUUUCAUCCUCUACGCCUGAUGUUGAGUUUCUUGUUGGAGCUGACGAUGUGCGGUCCAUCGCGUACGAGAUGUCUACUGAAGACGACUUCUAUGAGGAUCAGACACGCGCUGUACAGAACCAGCUCUCAAUAUAUUCGGUUACUUGUACUCAAACAUCCAUCUUCUUCCUUCAGCAGUUCAGCAACUCCCACUAG